UUAAACAAUGGAGCAGCCUUAGAUUGGAAGAAUGAGGAUGAGGAAACGCCAAUCCAUGUUGCAGCUGCUAAUGGUCAUACAGCGAUCGUAUUGGAGUUUGUCAAGAGAGACGAAUCGACUAUCAACGAUGAAGAUGAGAAUUCCAACACCCCUCUUCACCAGGCUGCCAUGGCAGGGCAUGCUAAGACAGUCAGGGCUCUCAUCGAAGCAGGUGCUGAUAUUGAAUCCAGGAACCAGCAGCUCUGGACUCCUUUAGACUGUGCAGCCCAUAAGGGAUGGGUGAAAACUGCCUAUGCACUGCUAGAAAAUGACAGUACUGUAGAUCCAACAGAUAAAGCCAAGGUAACCCCACUGCAUCUUGCAGCGGUCAGUGGUCACGUUGACAUGGUCAAGCUGCUGUUAGAAUGGAAGGCUGAUCUCUCUUUGGUCAACGCUGACCAGAAGAACUGCUUGGACAUGGCUAUUGAGAGUGGCCAUGAGGAUGUUGCUAUGGCGAUCAUCUCUCAUUCAAAGUGGAAAGAUGCUUUGAAUUCUGAGAGUAUUGACGCCGUUACCAUGGAAAGGACCACACCCAUGAGAAAACUCAUCAAGAAAAUGCCUGAGGUGGCGGCGAAGGUAUUCAACAACUGUAUGAUUGAGAACGACAAACCCCGGGAACACAGGGACUACUGCAUCACAGUUGAUUACGAGCUCCUGGAUGAUAUGUUCUCCAGAUGGGGUGAAGAUACCUCAGGUCACUUUGGUAAAGACAACUUAUCUGAUAAUGGGUCAGAAGGUUCAGACUCGCCAUUCCAAGACAAUGGCCAACUAAGGGACAGUGCAACACCAUACACCACCCGUGCUGAAACCAUAAGGAAAAACCACCCUCUUGUCAUAAUGGUGAGAUCAAAACGUGAGCAGCUGCUAGGACACCCUCUGGUGACGAGUCUCCUUAACCACAAGUGGAGCAACUACGGUCGAUUCUUCUACUACUCCUCCCUCCUCUUCUACCUCUGUUUCCUGACCUUCUUCACCGGCUACCUGGUGGUCAACCCUCCACCAUUCUACUUCAACAUCACCGCAGACGCCAACGGAGAGGACAAGGUCGUCUUCAACUUUGAUGGCAAUGCGCGCUGGAUGGAGGCGUACAGCAAUGCAACGUUCUUCGUCUUCGCGGAGAUCGGUCACUGGCUCAUCAUAGCGCUUGCUGGGAUUAAUCUACUGAGAGAGGUUGUUCAGAUCUACCAUCAGAAAUUGAACUACCUGGACUUUGAGAACCUGCUGGAAUGGUGCGUCUACGGUCUGGCUAUUCUCUUCGUAGCACCUGUCAGUCCAUACUUGUACCCUUACGGAGACGGCGCGGGCGAAAUAAGGGUUAGAGAGGCGUGGCAGUGGCAGUGUGGUGCUGCAGGUAUCUUCCUAGCUUGGAUCAACCUUAUUCUCUUCAUCAGAAAGUUUCCUCAGCUCGGCAUCUACGUUGUCAUGUUUACAGAUAUCUUGAAGACCUUUGCCAACUUUGUGGUUUUAUUCAUCCUCUUCAUCAUUGCCUUUGCACUGGCCUUCUACGCUCUCCUUAUGAAUCAGUCUCCAUUCAACCGUGUAGAGUACUCCCUGGUAAAGACCUUUGUCAUGAUGAUUGGUGAGUUUGAGUUUGAUUCUAUCUUCCACACCCAAGACUAUCUGACCGAGGUUGAUCUGACCGAUCAGGAGGACUUCGUUGGCCACGUCUACUACCAGGAGAUCACCUACAUCAUCUUCGUGGUCUUCGUGGUCAUCAUGUCAAUCAUCAUCAUGAACUUACUGGUUGGUCUGGCAGUAGAUGACAUCAAGGAGGUUCAGGAACAAGCCAAAUUACAGAGACUUGCUAUGCAGGUUGAUCUGGCCAUGGAUGUACAAGAAGCCCUCCCGUCCUUUAUCUGGAGGCGUUACAUCAUCAAGACAAAGAGAAUCUACCCCAAUCGAUUUGCUACCAGUAUGUUCAGCAGGAUCUAUGCUUCAUUGAGGGGAGAUUAUGACUUUGUUCUCACUGAAGCUAUCGAAACUGCUCUAAACCCAGAAAAGGGUGAGUUAGCGGAGAUUGGCGCGCAGCAGGAGGUCAUCAGCGACACGGUAGCGAACCUCAAGUGGAGGAUGAAACAGGUCAAGUCACAGAACGAUAAGAUGGAGAGGAUGCUGCAGCUGAUCCUGGACAACGGCAACCUGACGCUAGGUGAGGCAGACUCUGUCGAGAACAUCGGAGAAUAGAGAAUCAUCAGUGAGUGUAGACUUCCCUGAUUGGAGCCCUUGUGCCUCGUCAGGAUUAGGUAACAAUUUAUUGUUAUCAUUAAGAUUUGACAAAUUAUUAAUAUGAGAACCACUUUUUUCUCAGGCAUUGGGUUGAUUCAAGGAUCCUAUGGGGCGGGCUUUCUAUCAAUUGUUAGAUACAAUUAGCUCCUGGGCAAAUUCUUUGCCAACGGUCUGUAUGAUUAACAUUUUUAUAUUGAUUUUACGUUUAACAUUUACAUUAAUCCAGCUACCAGAGUACGAUGGUCAUAUAAUGAAUCAAAAACGUUCAUCCAUUCAUUUUCUUUCUCCUUGUUUCGAUAUGCAGACGAGUAUCACUUAAUGGGAUAGGCAUAAACCAAUUGAAAGUAACCAGAACAGCAAAUGAACAAAUAUUAGAAUAUUCAAGAUGAGGCACCAGUAUAUGAAAUAUUACUCAGGAAUUAUUGUUUAACCAAAAUUUUGAAACUUUAAGUGAUGUUUUUCUUCCCAACCCCUAUUUUUAUGAGGCACAAAUGUUACAUGAUACUUUGAAUUAUAAUAUAAACUGUGAUAUGCUCAGGAAUUCUGUUUUUUUUAUAUAAUCAAUUUACAUUUAUCUCAAUCAUAUCAAUAUGCCUGCAAUUUGUUUCUAGCUUGAAUAUAAACAUGCCUAAAGUCCAAGAGAAGCACUUACAGCUCUGGGCCAAUUUUGCACUAGGGACAUCUCAGACUUUGCAAAAACUUGUUACAUGUACAUGUAGUUCAGAGAUCUGAAUAUAUCAUCAACACACAUGUGAAUGUUUAGUUUCAAAUUUUAAAUUGAGUACUUAAAACACAUUAAAAAAAAAAAAUUGAUAGGAAUGUGUUAAAUAGUAAAAAGGUUAUGAUGGAAAUUUCAUGAGGUGAAAUUCUACAACAUAUGACUUUUAAUGCUAUUAAUAGUGGUCCUGUGAUUACAGGGCCAUCACAACAACAAAAACAGGAGAAUACUGAUGAGGCUACCCUGGGUAAACAAGACAUAUAAUUAUGUGCAUCUGGCACUGAAUUCUUAUUGCCCGAUUGCUGCACCAUGCUGAGUUUGUCCUAGUGCUAAGGUAUCGUGACCCCGGUGCUAACACCAUCAUUCCUUGCAUGAUAAAAUGAAGGUAGCCAAUAUUUCCCUGUAUUCCAAUGUAGCCAUUCCUGAUACUUACAUGUACAUGGCCAAAUCUCAUUCAAGUUAUUGCCAACUUUCCAUAUGAAUACUUCCAAAAAAAUACUUUGGUUUUGAGAUUUAAUUUUUGCAAAGUAAUUUUUUCCUUUUCAUACCCAUUGUAAGUGGCACAUUUCCAAAUAUAUCAUCCUCGUAGAUGCCAAAGUUUUAUACCAAUAUUUGUUUUUGUUAAGUUUAGAUUGGUCCUAAACUAAUUCAAAUGUACAGAGAUAAUGUUUAUAUAACAAAAAUACCAGUGUCUGUGUCUAUUUUGAAUCUCUUUAUCUGAAUCAUGUCAGCCAUUUAUUAAGAUGAUCAUGUUUUAUAAUUAUGGUAUUUAAACCUGUGUAUACAUGUUGAUAGUCUGUCAGACUGAUUGUUGCUGGUGGUUUGGUUCACAUAUGUCCCUUGAAUAGGAGGUGAAACAGUUGAUGCCCUGUAAUGAUAAUGAUAUGGUUGUUCUUUGACUAUUUGUAAAAAAAUAGAAUAAUAAGAAUAAUUUUUAAAUGUUUGGUAUAGUGUACAUGUAUAUUUUUGUGUAAUAACAUAUUUCGCCAUGUAUAUUUUUUUUCUUCAAUCAUAUGCAUCGAGAUAGUUGUGUGAUGUAUAGAAUCAUGGAUGUAUCAUAUCAUAUUUCAGUGAAUGCAACACAAUCAUGCUAACUAAUUGUCAGUAUUUAUAUCGUCCAAGAAAGAAAUGAAUUGUGCAUGUAUUCACAAAUCUCUAUGCAUCGAAUGAAAAUAAUAUGUGAACAUUCUCCUCUAACCUAUCAACUUUACAUCUCACUGUUGCCUUGUUGUCAUUGGAUAACCUUGAAAUGAUAAGAGUCUUGACCUCAAGCCUCUAGCAAUUGCAAAUAUCGGGAAACUCAGAUUUUUUACAUAGAAAUUUGAUAUCUUUCGAUAACUCUUUAUCUUCAAUCCUGCCUGUCAUCUGUAUGUAAACAAAGUGUUACUUCUACGGUAAUCAGGUUGUGGAAUAUUAAAACUACAAUCCAUUAUAGAGAAUUAAUAAGGAUAAUUAUAAAACUUAUAACAAAAUAUAUAUUCCUAUGAAAGUAACUGAUGUAUAAACUAAGAUUGAAUACAUCUUUCCAUUACCAUUGUCAGAAAUACACUUGAUAAAGAAACAUGUUGCAUUUUCAAGGAUGUGUGUAAAGAAGUCACUGUUCAAGUAAAUAUUUUGCACAAAACUUGUUUGGUAGAAAGAGGUUAUAUGUGCACAAUCUGUACAAAUGAACCAUAUGUAUUUCAAAGAUAAUAGCGUCAGUUUGAAGCCAAAAGAGCACUCACUUUCUUUAAUACAGAGUUAACACCUCUUCUCCUUGUUCAUUUUGUAAACUUUUCCCCCCUUUUCCCUUCCAUUUCCAGUAUUUUUUCUUUCUAAUUCUUGAACAAAUUCUCUAUCAGUUUCUUCCUUAUAGUUCUAUUCUUUUUCCUACACUCUAAAGAUUGUAUAAAUAGUCUCAAGCGAUGUUGUAACUAUGAAAACCUUAUGUCCUUUAUAUGUCAUAUGCAGAGCUAGGGCAAAAAAAGGAAAGUUUUAUUAAGAAGAUUUAUAUUACCAUAGUAUUUAGUCUUUUUAUAUUUGUAUGUGUUUGUCAUAUUUUUGGACGUCCUGAUGCAAAUUUUUUGGGUAAAAUUGUCAAUUAUGAACAGUGAAACUUUAUAUAUCUAUGUAUCAUGUAUUAUGAUUCUAUGUUAACAAAAUUUAGUAUGAUAGAUAUCUAAGGUAUGAUAUAAUACCCAUUAUAUACCGGUUGUGUGAAUAAAUAUCAUGAGUAAUAAAUAGAUUAAAACUGUGGGAGGAUUUAUUAUUAAAGCCGAGUGAAGAAUAGUCCCUGUUUUAUGUACUUUGUAGGUAAAAGUUUAUCAUCUGAUAUUGUUAUGCAGUGCACUACACUAACACAGCAGUCGUACCCUCUUCAAAGAUCGAUCAAACCUGAGUUUCCAAAAGAAAUUGUGGGGUUUACGUUGUACUUUCUAUUGAUUACACCAUUUUGUAUCUAUGUACAUUUAUCAUCUCAAAUUUACUUAAGAUUUGUAUUUGUAUUUCUGUAAAAUAAAAGAUGUUUUUAUUAUAUUAUGUAAAAAAAAGAGAUCACUUUCAAAUAAUAUAUUCAAACAAGCUUUCAUUGUGAUACUAUGUCUUGUCUGUUUGCUUCACUCUAAACUGUAUAUAUUCUCAAUCAUGAAAAAUGUCUGUAAGAGCUAUAAGGUCUAUUGUAAGCACAUUUAGCUGUACAUACAUAAUUAUCUAAUUGUAUAUGUCUUUAGUCGUUCUUUCAGGCCUGUUGUAGUUUAGAACUUUUUUUUUGUGUGUGUGUGGAUAUCUGAUGGAGUAGCCGUGUAAUAUAGCGCAAUGUUAGCCCCAAUCCUCGGGUGUAGUGCAAGUUACAAUUAUUAUCAUGUCACAAAUUUAUUGUCUUUCACAUAUAUCUAUCGAAAUCUACAAUAACAAUGAAAAAGCGCCGAUUAAGAAUUUCUAAAAACAAUGAUUAUAGAUCACAAGCUAAAAUGUAUUCUAACUUUUCGCUAUGAUUUUUUUGCAUGGUGAACAAUCUUGGAAAUUUGGAUACAGGGUUGUAAUAUUUUGUUGAUUGAUUGUUUGUUUUACCUGAUUAAUAUUGAGAAAGCAUCAAUGCUUAUAAGUAUUAAAGCAACCAGAUUAUGUACAAUUCAGCGUAUUUCUAGUGAUUUUGAUGAUUAGGUGAAGCCAAAGCUUUGAUUUUGUGUAAAAGAAUUAAAUACUGUGCCAAACAAACGGAGGUUGCACAGUUAUGAUUUUUGUAUAGUUAUAUUUUAACCUGUACAUUAUACUACAACUUAUCAUAUUCUUCUUGUACAUGUUCUUCUCAUUAAGUUUGAAAACUGAAAGCUGCUCUUUCUUUUGUGUCUAUGUGCAACUACCAUAAAUGGUGACAAUACUGUUUAUUCAAUUUCAUCGACAUGUAUCAUAAAUGAUUUCAGGAGGCCUGUUGUUGAAUAUUUGUGCAUAUAUAUUUUUGUUCCUGAUAUUUAUCAAUAUUACUACUAUGUCUGUAUUCUACAUUGUAUCCCUAUUGAUAAUUGUACAUUGUACAUAUCCAAAUAGCAUGGAUAUUUUAUUGUUCUUUUUCUAAAGAAUAUGUCAUUAUUCUUUAAAUUAAUGAAAGAUAUGAAGUGGUCCAUUCUUUAUCUUUUAAUCUCAAGACUUUUUGUGUGAAUUCUCAAUGUGUAUGUUCAGCAGUCAAGGCAUUUAGUCUGUUGUUCAUGUUGGUUUCAAAUCAGAACCUGAUUUAUAUAGUAGACCGGCUUUAAAUACUUUGUGCUAUAUGCACUGCCAAGUUGAAAGAAGCUUGUGAUUUAGAAGCACUGGAUUUGUAUCAAAUUAUCCAACUUGAAAAAUUUGUUGAUAUGUUAACUUCAAGUUAGAUUUAGUACUUAACAGUUUUGCUAUAUUUUAGUUACCAGCAUUGUAGAUUUGUAGUAGAAUACAUUCCUGUAAUUCCUACUCGAUACAUACUGUUUUAUCGUGGGCCAACUUCUUUAAUGAUUUCCUGAACCAUUGUGUCCUUAACUGUGUACUAUGACAUCAAUUAUUAAUUAACCUUAUUCAAUUUAUAUCUUUUACAUCUCUGUUACACAACACAAUAAAAUGCUUAUUUGAAGAAAAUAGUUGA